AUGGCCCCCGAUGCCGAGGCUCGGGCAGAGUCCGGCCGGAAAGCCAUGUGUCCUACUCUUUUGGUAAAUUCGGUAGUAAAGCUCGCCGUUGGUGGCGCCAGACUGGACCCACGCGGUCCCAUCUGGCACGUCGACCGAGAGGCCUUCGUAGUCGUGGCCGCCGCUUCGGGAUCGAAAGUGGAGACCGAGGCGGCGGGCGCAGAUGACGGCCGAUUGGACGUGGCUCUCGGGGACGAGGCAUCGGAGGUUUUGGGCGGUGGAGUUGAGGACCGAGUUGAACGAGGGGCUAUUGCGUGGGUAGAAUGCUGCGGGGAAAGGGAUUGGGGUGUCGGAGUAGAGGGGUUGGGGACGAGUGGGAAAAACGCGACGUUAUGA